AUGCAGCCGAAGACACCCAACAGCUCUUGGCAACGAAGAUGCAAGUACCCCACCUGCAGCUGGGUCCUCAGCUGCUGUCAAGCACGGACACGGGACACCGCAGAGGGCGAUGGCAGCGCGGCAGAACCCGGUAAGGCAGCGACCCCGGAAGAAGCGAGUUCGGCUCUUCCUCUUGGCUUUGUGCCGAAAGGGCCGCCUGCUGUUGCGGCGCCGGUGCCUGUGGUGGCGUCGGUGCCUGUGGCGGCGCCUGCGCCUGAGGCGGCGCCGGCACAGGCGGACCUGGCACAGGCGGUGCCGGAGUCCUGCGCACAGGUGAGGUACUUGGUGAAGCUUCAGCUGAUGACUUCAAUAAUCCUCAACCCUUGCCCUAUUUCUUCAGCACACAUAUUUGGCAGGGGCACGCCUUGCCCCGGAAGCUCCAGCUCCGUCCACCGGCGUCGUGUUCGCUGA